AUGCAAAAGGAUGUUGGCGGUAGAUACAUAGCUAUAAUCGAACAUCCACCCAGACAAAUCUCUAACGCUAUUUACGCCUUACUGUUUUUACCAAUAAUGUUACUGAGUUUUGGAUCAAACGAAAUAGCAACUGCUGGUGUAGGAGUAGAUUUUGGUGCUGCGUUGCGAAUUUCAGGAGUAACAGUGCGUCUGAUUUGGGAAUAUAUGAAAAAGUUGUGCCCCAUUGGACUUACAAAGCCGUAUAUUUUAAAUGUUCGGUGGAGGAUAUUUCUAAACACAUGCAGAAGCUCCAAUGAGGAUGCAAAGCUACCAUUUCUAAAGAAAAAUUUAGGAUGCUUCUUAAUAUGUAAUUCGAUGGCCAAUUUGAAAGGAAACGAAAUGGCCUUCUUUUUUAUAAUGUUCGGUUUUUUAAUGGCAACAUUCGCUCAUGGCUCUAUUGAAUUCACUGCUUUGAAGAAUCUGCAGGAAUGUCUCUCUAUGAAUAAUGGCGUGGCUGUGAAAGCUUGCUUUUCCCUGACUGAAGUGUGUGAUAUCAUUGCGGUCUUUGGUGGGCGCUUUGGAAAAAAACGAUCUUUUUCUUCGCUUCAAUUUCUAAAUGACGACAUCUGUUUGUACUGCCUUCGAAGCGGUACAUAUGCACUCAAGAAUAAAGAGCUUGUUUUUAUUCAUUACACUUUCUUAAUGGCGACAUCAAGCCAAGACUUUGCUGGAAUCCGUCUCUAG